GCUACAGGUUGGGCACGUUGCGGUCGGGUUGGACUGAGCUGAGCUUACCUGGAGACCGGAGGGCGCACCUGGAGGAGCCGCGCGCCUUCACUCCGCCCCGACACGUCCGCGCGGGUUCCGCCUCGUGUGAAAUAUUAAUUAAAAGUAGCAGAGUGACCCACGGCUUCGUCAGCGGUUCGAUAAUUAACCUGGCAGUCCGGUCGCCACAAGCCGUGGAGUUUACUGAGGAGCUGGCAUGGUGCUGUUCAUCCAGGUUUCGUAGCGCGGUGCGCCCGCCGCCCGUGUUUGUCCCCGGACAAACAAAACACAGGUGUUUAGUGUUGUAGUUUUUGUGCGUCUCAUUUUUUUUUAACCUCACUGGAUAUCCUACACUGCUGUCAUGUUUGGAGCGGAGAAGAGACUGGAGAGCCGGCUGAAAAAGCUGGAGUCCAUAAUGAGGGACCCGCAGUCGGCUGUAAACUUGGAAACCCUGCUGGAUUCCAUUAAUGCACUGGCUCUUGAUUUGGACUACCCUGCCCUGCGGAAAAACAAGAACAUAGACGCCUUCCUGAAUCGAUAUGAAAAGGCCGUGGGUCAGCUGCGAGAUCUGCAGAUGAAGCUGCAAGACUUUGAUAAAGUGAAGCUGAUCGGGAGAGGAGCUUAUGGAGAAGUUCAGCUGGUCCGUCACAAGGCCUCUCAGAAGGUUUACGCCAUGAAGCAGCUCAGCAAAUUUGAGAUGAUAAAGCGCUCGGACUCGGCCUUCUUCUGGGAGGAGAGGGACAUCAUGGCCUUCUCCAACAGCCCCUGGGUCGUCCAGCUAUGCUGUGCCUUUCAAGACGACCACAGCCUCUACAUGGUGAUGGAGUUCAUGCCCGGCGGAGACCUGGUCACCCUGACCAUGAACUACGACAUGCCCGAGAAGUGGGCGCGCUUCUACACGGCCGAGGUGGUGCUGGCGCUGGACGCCAUCCACUCCAUGGGCUUCAUCCACCGCGACGUCAAGCCCGACAACAUGCUGCUGGACCAACACGGACACCUCAAGUUAGCCGACUUUGGCACGUGCAUGAAGAUGGACUCGUCUGGCAUGGUGCACUGUGACACAGCAGUAGGCACUCCCGACUACAUCUCCCCUGAGGUGCUCAAGUCCCAGGGUGGCGAUGGUUACUAUGGUCGUGAGUGCGACUGGUGGUCUGUGGGCGUCUUUAUCUUCGAGAUGCUGGUUGGUGAAACUCCGUUCUAUGCCGAGUCCUUGGUGGGAACUUACGGGAAGAUCAUGGAUCACAAGAACUCCCUCACCUUCCCAGAUGAUAUUGAGAUGUCUAAGGAUGCCAAAGCCCUCAUCUGUGCCUUUCUCUCAGACAGGGAGGUUCGCCUGGGACGCACUGGAGUGGAUGAGAUCAAACGCCACCCCUUCUUCAAGAACGACCAGUGGACCUUCGACACCAUCCGAGACACUGUGGCUCCAGUUGUGCCAGAACUGAGCAGUGACAUAGACACCUCAAACUUUGAUGAAAUAGAGGAUGAUAAACGCAAUGCCGAGACCUUCCCUCAACCCAGAGCCUUUGUCGGCAACCAGCUACCAUUUGUCGGCUUCACUUACUUCAAGGAGGACCAGCUGCUGAGUGGGAAUAAAGGCGGCUCUGUGGAGGAUUCAGACGACUGUAAGGAUAGCUCUGAGGAAAAGGAGUAUUGCUCAGACAGCAAGCGAGAGCUGCAGAAAAAGCUCAACCGGCUCGAGGAACAGCUCAACCAUGAGAUGCAGGCCAAAGAUGAGCUGGAACAGAAGUGCAAAGAUACCACCAGCCGUCUAGAGAAGUUGGUCAAAGAAUUAGACGAGGAGAUGAGCGGCAGGCAGAAAGUGGAGUCGUCUCUGAGGCAGCUGGAGAGGGAGCGAGCCCUGCUGCAGCACCAGAGCGCCGAGAACCUGCGCAAGGUGGAGAUCGAGACGGACCGGAAACGCAGCCUGGAGAACGAAUUGAACAACCUGAGAGACCAGCUGGAGGAGCUGAAGAGGAGGAACCAGAACUCCCAAAUCUCCACUGAGAAGAACCUUCAGCUGCAGAGACAACUCGAGGAGGCUAACGCCAUACUUGAGGCUGAGCAGGAGGCGGCGGGGCGGCUGAAGAAGAGUCACGCAGAGGUUCAGAAGCAGGCGCAGGCUCUGGAGGUGAGCCUCGGGGAGAUGCAGGACAAGUGCAGCCAGCUAGAAAACACGAAGAUGGAGCUGGAGAAGCAGCUGAUGGGCGUGCAGGCCGAGCUGGAGUCUGAGAGGAGAGACCGCAACCUUGGGACGGAGACCAUCGCCGACCUGCAGGGGCGUAUCUCAGGCCUGGAAGAGGAGGUGAAAGAGGUUAAGUCAUCUCUCUCCAAGGCCCAGACGGAGAAGAAGCAGCUGCAGCAGAAGCUCACUGACCUUGAGAAGGAGAAGAGCAAUCAAGAGAUUGACCUGACGUUCAAGCUGAAGUCGCUCCAGCAGAGUCUGGAGCAGGAAGAGGCAGAACACAAGGCCACCAAAGCCAAGCUCGCUGAUAAAAACAAGAUCUACCAGUCCAUCGAGGAGGCCAAGUCGGGGGCUUUAAAAGAGAUGGAGCGCACCCUCCAGGAGGAGCGCAGCCUGAAGCUCCAGGUGGAGGGGAAUCUGCUGCAGCUGGAGAAGGACCACUCCAUGCUGGACUGUGACUACAAGCGGGCUCAGCACAAACUGGAUGAGAUGCAGGCGCACAAGGAUAAACUCUCUGAAGAGGUGAAGAACCUGAGCUUGCGCCUGGAGCAGGAGAUCCAGAAACGGAGCCUGAGCCAGAACGAUCUGAAGGUGCAGAGCCAGCAGGUGUCCAUGCUCCGAUCCUCAGAGAAGCAGCUCAAACAGGAGCUCAACCACCUGCUGGACAUGAAGCAGAGCCUGGAGAAGCAGAACCAGGAGCUGCGCAGGGAGAGGAAGGAGGCUGACGGACAGUUGAAGGAACUUAAGGAUCAACUGGAAGCCGAGCAAUAUUUCACGACCCUUUACAAGACGCAGAUCCGUGAGCUAAAGGAGGAGUGUGAUGAGAGGAAUAAACUGUUCAAGGAGGCACAGCAGAGACUGGAGGAGUACCAGGAGGAGAGGGAUUCCCUCGCGUCCCAGCUGGAAGUGAGUCUGACCAAGGCGGACUCGGAGCAGCUGGCGCGCUCCAUCGCCGAGGAGCAGUACUCAGACCUGGAGAAAGAGAAGAUCAUGAAGGAGCUGGAGAUCAAAGACAUGAUGGCGAGGCACAAGCAGGAGCUCAGCGACAAGGAGGCCACCAUCAGCUCGCUGGAGGAGUCCAACCGCACGCUGACGGUGGAUGUGGCCAACCUGGCCAGCGAGAAAGAGGAGCUCAACAACCAGCUGAAGGAACUGCAGCAGCAGCUACAAAAAGCCAAGGAGGAGGAGAAGCAGAUGAACUCCGUCAAGCUCUCCUUUGAGAAGCAGCUGCAGAACGAGAGGACGCUGAAGAUCCAGGCUAUCAACAAGCUCGCCGAGGUCAUGAACCGGAGGGAGACGGUGCGUGGUGGUCACCGCGGUAACGACACGGAGGUGCGCAGGAGGGAGAAGGAGAACAGGAAGCUGCAACUGGAGCUGAGAUCAGAGAAGGAGAAACUCAACAGCACCAUCAUCAAAUACCAGCGAGAGCUGAACGAGAUGCAGGCGCUGAUAGCAGAUGAGAGCCAGGUUCGCCUGGAGCUUCAGAUGGCUCUGGACAGUAAGGACAGCGACAUCGAGCAGCUGCGUUGUCAGCUCUCCUCCCUCAGCGUUCACUCGCUGGACUCCACCAGCAUCAGCAGCGGCAACGAUCUGGACAUGGACGACGGAUACCCAGCAGACACCAGGCUGGAGGGUUGGCUCUCGCUGCCUGCCAAGAACACAAAGCGAUUUGGCUGGGACAAAAAGUAUGUAGUGGUGAGCAGUAAGAAGAUCCUGUUCUACAACAGUGAGCUGGACAGAGAGCAGUCCAAUCCCUUUAUGACCCUGGACAUCGACAAGCUGUUCCAUGUCCGACCAGUCACUCAGACAGAUGUGUAUCGUGCAGACGCCAGAGAAAUCCCUAGGAUAUUCCAGAUCCUGUAUGCCAACGAAGGAGAGAGCAAACGUGACCAGGAAGUGGAGCCCUUGCCGUUUGGCGAGCGUCCCUCCUACAUCAGCCACAAGGGCCACGAGUUCAUCCCCACUCUCUACCACUUCCCCUCCAACUGUGAGGCCUGCACCCGGCCGCUGUGGCACGUCUUCAAGCCGCCGCCGGCCCUCGAGUGCCGCCGCUGCCACACCAAGUGCCACAAAGACCACCUGGACAGGAAAGAGGAGGUCAUUGCGCCUUGCAAGGUGAACUACGACAUGUCCACUGCCAAAGAUAUGCUCCUGCUGGCCAAUUCUCAGGAGGAGCAGCAGCGCUGGGUGAGCCGGCUACUCAAACGCGUCCCCAGGAAACACCCGGUGGCCAGCCCCCCCUCGGCAGCACAAGCCCUCCCUCCUGAACCAACGCCGCGCUCCUCUCCGCGCCUCUCCCCCCGUAACUCGCCCAGGGGCUCCCCUCACAUGUCGCCCCACCGCGGAGCCAUGAAAGUCCAGUCCAGCAGACAGCAACAGCCUGCAGGGAAGCCCAGUUAACCCUGGCUACUCAGAGAUGUGUAUUUUCAGCAUCAUGUGGAUUAUUAACCGUGGUCUGGACGCAGUGCCUACAUGUGUUGUUCGUUCAGGAACAUAGACUGCAAAAUGCCAAGUGUGGACAGCAACUUUAAUAGAAACUGGAUUUCAUCAUGGGAACUGGGACUCUCCGUGUCAUUUUUUUUACAGGAAGAACAUGAGCACAGUAUUCAUCUAAUUUAUGUUCAAGAGGGAGACUUCUGCCAUCGGGAGGAAAGAAAAAUAAAAAAUUCAGCACAAGCUGACACAGACAUGGACGUUUUCAACUUUUCAUCGGAGAUACAUUGACUCAAUUAAAUUUGGUUUUGUGAAGUGUUAGGCGUGUGUGCGUGCGUGUGUGUGUGUGAACAUUUGUAUAUAAGAGUGAGAGGUCUGUCCGUGUAUGGCAUCACAGAAACCGCAGCUCACAUUAUGUGACUGAUUGUGACAGUUAUAUUUUUCUGGAUACAACAUAUAACUCAGCACAUACAUCAUGCACAACUUAUUCUCGACCUGUAAAUGUAAGAAUGGAACGUUUUACAGCAUAAUCAUUUUAUUAUACAAAGCAAAAAUGAUCCAUUUACAGCACAUGACAGAAUAAUGUGAACAAAAAGUGUAUUCCUAUAUAUUUUCCCUUUGCCAUUCAUUACAAAAUUAAAUAAAUUCUGCUACCCUAA